AUGUCGUCCGCUCUCCGCAAUGGGCACCACGGCGGCGCAAACGGUGGCUUCGCGCACCCAGAGAGCAAGCGGUUUACGGACGUGCCCAUUGCCAUCGAUGUCCCGACGCAAGACGAAGACGAGGCUGUCGAGAUUGGCCUUGAGAACUUAGUUGACGACCCCACGGAUCUUUGUGACCUGUUCGAAAACGAGAACGCGGCGCGCACGUACUGGAUGACCGUGUCGCUGGCGUACGCCAAGCAAGGCAAGAUUGAGAAUGCCAUCGAAAUGCUCAUCCGCGGUGGCAAUGCCAUGCAGAACAACAACCCCAAGGAGAAGCUGAGCAUCGUGGCAUGUCUGUGCUGGAUGUACCUGUGGAAGAGCCGUUUGGCACCGCGCGUGCCCCCCGAGGGCGCUCUGGCGUCGGACGCGAAGACCAAGGAGUACUACCUGCAACUGGCGACGUCGACCCUCAACGAGGCCUCACGCAUUAACCCUGCGUACCCUCCUCUGUUCUUGGCUCGUGGCGUUCUGCUCCUCCUUCGAGCCUCUCUGCAGCUGCCCACGGCAUCUGGCGGCGGGGGUGCUGGUCCUGUGGCUGGUGAAAAGCUGGAGCUGCUGCGCGCGGCCACGAAGUCCUUUGAGGACGCCCUGCGCGUGUCUCAGGGCAAGAACAUGCUGGCUCUGAUGGGCAAGUCCCGCGCGCUCUACUCGCUUGGGAAGUACGCCGAGGCUCUUUCGGGCUACCAGGAGGUGCUGGGCAAGGCGCCUGAGCUGGUGGACCCUGACCCGCGCAUUGGUAUUGGCUGCUGCUUCUGGCAGCUUGGCUUCAAGGAAGACGCCAAGACGGCAUGGGAGCGGUCUCUUGAGAUCACACCUGAGUCCAAGGUGGCCAACAUCCUCUUGGGUCUUUACUACCUCGACAGCAGCGGCCAAGUUGCCGCUAACAGCCCCGAGUUCCUGCGCCUGUACAAAAAGGGCAUGACGGAAUACACCCAGAAGGCCUUUAAGCUGGACAAGAACAUGCCGCUCACGUGUGCGACCUUUGCGGGCUACUUCUUGUCGCGCAAGGCGUUCACAAACGUCGACUCGCUGGCCCACAAGGCCAUCCAGAGCACCGACAUCAACGCUGUUGCCUCUGACGGCUGGUACUUGCUUGCACGCAAAGCCCACAUGGAGGGCGACGUCGAGCGGGCGGCCGACUACUACCGUCGGUCGGACGAUGCUCGCGGUGGUACCGACCGUGGCUACCUUCCGGCCAAGUUUGGCGCAGCACAGCUGUCGGUGGCCAAGUCGGAUCUCGGCGAGGCCAAGCUGCGGCUCGAGAAGAUGAUUCAGCAGUCGAAGAGCCUCGAGGCUAUGGCACUUCUUGGCACAUUGUAUGCCGAGGAGGUGUUUGCCAACGACCGUGCCGCCGUCAAGGAGGACAAAGCUGUCGAGAAGAAAAAGGCCAUUAGUCUCCUGGAGAGCGUGCGGACGGCGUGGAAGGACCCCAAGAAGCACCUAUCGCCGGACUCUGCGGUCCUGCUCCACCUUGCAUGGCUGUUUGAAGCCGACCACCCGGACAGGGCCUUGCAGUGCCUGCAGCAGGUGGAGCAGUUGGAGCUGGACCAGAUUGCAGAGUCGGCCGAGCCGGCCGCCGAGGGCGUCGACGAGGCGACACACCGGGAAUCGCUGCGCAAGUUUCUGCCGCCGCAGCUGCUGAACAACAUGGGCUGCUUCUAUUUCCAGUCGGACAAGCAGGAGCUGGCCAGCAGCAUGUUUGAGCUGGCCCUGGACGCGUGCGUCAAGAUCCAGAACAAGGAGGAUGAGGAGACGGAUGCGGAUGCGCUGGUUACAACCAUCAGCUACAACCUGGGCCGCAGCUACGAAGCCCGGGCACUAGUGGACAAGGCUGUCGAAGCGUACGAGGGCUUGCUGAAGCGCCACGAGGGCUACACGGAUGCACUGCUGCGCCUGGCGUACGUCAAGCUGCGGAAGCAACCCAACGACGCGGGCCCGGAUGCAGUGGCCAAGCUGUACCAAGAGAAUUCGAGCGACCUGGAGGUGCGCGCUCUGUACGGAUGGUACCUGGGCAAAGCCUACGCCAAGAAGCGGCCGGCCAACAUCAACGAGGACCACGAGCUGCGGCACUACAAGCACACGCUGCAAAACUACGACAAGCAUGACCGUUAUGCCCUGGUGGGCAUGGGCAACCUCUACUUGGCUUCGGCGCGUGAGAUGCGCCGGGAGACGGACCAGGAGAAGCAGAAGCGCAGCGCGGCGUACAGCCGUGCCGUCGAGUUCUUUGACAAGGCUCUGCAGCUGGACCCUAAGAACGCGUAUGCAGCGCAGGGUAUUGCCAUUGCACUUGUCGAGGACAAGAAGGACUACCGCAGCGCGCUGCCCAUUUUCCUCAGUGUCCGUGACACGGUCCGCGACGCGCACGUCUACGUGAACUUGGGCCACAUCCACGCCGAGCUGCGCCAGUUCUCCAAGGCGAUAGAGAACUACGAGGCUGCACUGGCCAAGGAGGGCAAGAACAACGACCCAACUAUUCUGUCGUGCCUUGGGCGCGUUUGGCUGCAGAAAGCGAAGAUGGACAAGGACCUGGAGGCAUUCAAGAUGUGUCUCGAAUGCGCCCAGAAGGCUCUUUCCGUGGCACCGGAUCAGGUUCAUUUCAAGUUCAACGUGGCAUUUGCGCACAUCCAGCUGGCGUCGACCAUUUACAGCCUGAAAGAGAGCCAACGGACACUGCAACAGCUGCAGGACGCGGCAAGCGGCUUGGAGGAGGCCAUCAAGGCGCUGGACGAGAUCGCAGCGCACCCGCAGACGCCGUAUCCGAAACAGGAUGUCGAGCAGCGUGCUAACAUGGCGCGCAACACGCAGCGGCGGCAGCUGGAGCGCGCGAUUGCCAGUCAAAAGGACUACGAGGAGAAGAACAAGGAGAAGCUGGCAGCGGCGGUCGAGCAGCGACAGGCGGAGCUGAAGCGGCGCGAGGAGGCGCGGCAAAAGGCGCUCGACCAAGAAAAGGAGCGGCAAGACAAGAUCCGCAAGGACCGCGAAGAGAUUGCGGCGCGCGACCGCGUGCUGGCCGAGAAGCGGGCCGAGGAGGAGCGCGCGCGUCGCGAGGCAGAAAUGACGACCGACAGCGAGACGGGCGAGAAGGUCAAGCGGAAGCGCAAGCCGGCGCCGCGGAGUGACCGCGCAGCGGGCAGCGGCAAGAGCCGGUCGCGCAAGAAGAAGGCACAAGACGAAGACGACGACGACGACUCGGACGGCGACAACCGCUCAGGCGACUCUGACGCGGAGGACCGGCACCAGAAGAAGAAGCGUCGCCUGUCGCGCAAGGAUCCGCCCAAGAACUCCAAGUACAAGUCAUCAGAACUGGUGCACAGCAGCGACGACGAGGACGACGAGUACGACGCGCUGGACGCGGCCGAUGCGGCCAUUGAGCAGAGCAACCGCCGUGGCGGCUCGGCCGGAUCAGACGACGAGGGUGUGCGUGACGACGCGUCAGACCGCAUGGACGUGGACGAGGCCGAUGACGACGAGGGCGGCUCCCGGUCACAGCAGCAGCAGAGCAAGCGUGCUCGGAGAAGUGCCGCCCGCGUCCUGGACGAGAGCGAGGACGAGGACGAGCCGGCCAAGGCAGACGACGACGAUGAGGAAGAGGAGGCACCGGCUGCUCGACGGGGACAUAGACGGGCCGUUAGCGACGACGAAGACGAUGAGUAA